AUGUCGGUGACGCUGCACACGAACCUGGGCGACAUCAAGUGCGAGGUGUUCUGCGACCAGGUGCCCCGCACGGCGGAGAACUUCCUGGCCCUCUGCGCCAGCGGCUACUACGACGGCACCGUCUUCCACCGCAACAUCAAGGGCUUCAUGAUCCAGGGCGGCGACCCCACCGGCACCGGCAAGGGCGGCACCUCCAUCUGGGGUACCAAGUUCGCCGACGAGUUCAGGGAGUCCCUCAAGCACAACGCGAGGGGGAUCAUGUCGAUGGCCAACAGCGGGCCCAACACCAACGGCAGCCAGUUCUUCAUCGCCUACGCCAAGCAGCCGCACCUCAACGGCCACUACACCAUCUUCGCCAAGGUCAUCCACGGGUUCGAGGUGCUCGACCUCAUGGAGAAGGCGCAGACCGGCCCCGGGGACAGGCCGCUCGCCGAGAUCAGGCUCAACCGCGUCACCAUCCACGCCAACCCGCUCGCCCUCUGA